UAGCAAAGUGGUGGGAAGGAAGAGAGAGGAGCAAACGUGAACCACAGAGCCUGUUGUUUCCUUAGCUUACAGUUUAUUCAAACGCGGUGCAGGCUCACACCACUUUUACCGUGCUGGAGCUGAGGGGGUAAAGCGAACAGAUGACCAAGAGAAUAAAAUAGGAGGGGCAUCAAAGCGUGCUGAAUCAAAGGAUUGGAUUACUUGUUUAGAGUUGGAACGGACCUUAGAAGCCACUAACUCCAAGACCUUCGCGUUAAGCCUGAGGAAAAUGAGGAUGGGAGAAGUUAAGUGACUAGAUUCGGGAAGAUCGGGGUUGAGGUUGAAAUCCAGACUGCCAGGUACAGGCCACGUGACUCUGGACAAGUCACUUAAUUUCUCAGUAGCCCCAGGUCAGUCUCAAACAAUAGGACACAAAGCAGUUGAACAUCUGCAGCUGGAAGAGGAAGUUUUCCUCAUGAAGACCUCCUGAGCAAGGAGGGGAAAAGGUCCCAGAAAGCAGAGUAUAGAUUAAAUGUAAAGAAAAUCAAAUGUUUGCAUUAAGACCCUCUGAUGCCCAUGGAAGAAUUGGCCCUGGGAAAAAGUGAUGGACUUGGGGAUGAGGAGGGUGACUUUGGUGCUGGGAUUCAGCUCUAAAUGGAAACUAGGUGGAAUCCGAGGCUUGGGAACCAGCGUAUACUUGUAUCUUAGGGGUGACUGACUGAAUCUCAUUGCAAAGAAGCCUGCCGACUGUAUUCUGGGGGGUAAAUUUGCUAGUUACUCAACUAAAUCCUGCUUUCGGCUGUACAGCAACUAGGGUCUGAUUCUCCCAUCACUUUUGCCUUUGGGAACUGAGGUCCAACUCACGCGGGUGCCACUCUUAAAGGACCCCUCCCCCCUGCCUACACUGCCCCGCCCUUUCCAGGUCCAGUCUGCCUGCUGAUGCUCCGACCGGCUCCCACCUCCCUUCUUUCUUCCUUUCCUCCCUCCUUCCAUCCCUCCUCCCUCCUUCCAUCCCUCCUCCCUUUCAGAGUCCUUAAAACCCGGAGAAAUGGGAUGCAUCAUUUCCAAAGUCCGGACUGGUUCAGUUUGCAAGUAGGAAAUUUCUGUUUCACAUCAGCUCUGUCAGCUAGGAGUAGGGACUGACCCUGCCAUCCUUGCUCCCAAACCACCUCUAGAGCUGCUAGAAAAUCCUAGCAUUCUUCGCGUCCUGGGGUGGAGGGCACCUGGGAAGCUGAACCUUGGUUGUACCCAGAGCUACACUCAUUUCCUAUUGCUGGAAGCAGCGCCUAUACCCACAGCAUGGCCACAAGCCGAAGUAGCGAAGGAGCCUGGCUUCCCGGCCUUCUGUCCACCCAGCAGACCACUCUCCUGCUCCUCUUUUCCGUGCUGGCCGCCGUCCACUUGGGCCAGUGGUUCCUACGGCGUUGCCGUCGGCCCCCAUGGGCCAGCUGCAGCCCCCCUGGCCCAUUCCAGUGGCCCCUGAUCGGGAACGCUGUGGAGGUGGGCAGCAUUCCGCAUCUCUCUUUCACUCGCUUGGCCCGCCGCUAUGGCGAUGUCUUCCAAAUCCGCUUGGGCAACUGCCCAGUGGUGGUGCUGAACGGCGAGCGAGCCAUCCGCCAGGCCUUGGUACAGCAGGGGUCCGCCUUCGCCAGUCGCCCGCCUUUCCCCUCUUUCCAAGUGGUGUCCAACGGCCGUAGCCUGGCUUUCAGCAAAUACUCGGAGAUCUGGAAGGUGCAGAGGCGGGUGGCCCACGGCACGCUGCGCGCCUUCUCCACGGGACAAGUCCGCAGCCGCCAGGUCUUGGAGCAGCAUGUGCUGAGUGAGGCGCGGGACCUGGUGAUGCUGUUUGUGCAAGGCAGCUCUGGGGGCGCCUUUCUGAACCCAGGCCCCCUCACCGGGGUGGCCGUGGCCAACGUAAUGAGCGCCGUGUGCUUCGGCUGCCGCUACAGCCACAGUGACCAAGAGUUCCGCGAGCUGCUGAGCCACAAUGAGCGCUUCGGCCGCACCGUGGGGGCGGGCAGCCUCGUGGACGUGCUGCCUUGGCUUCAGCGCUUCCCCAACCCUGUGCGCACAGCCUACCGCGACUUCCAGAAACUCAACCAAGACUUCUACAGCUUCGUGCUGGACAAGUUCCUGAAGCACAGGAGCAGCCUGAAGCCCGGGGCCCCACCUCGGGACAUGAUGGACGCCUUCAUCCACACCUUGGGGAAAGAGGAGGAGAGUCCCGGAGAAGCAAAGCCUGGGUUGCGCCUAGAUACAGACUACGUGCCGGCCACAGUCACAGAUAUUUUCGGGGCCAGCCAGGACACGCUUUCCACUGCACUGCAGUGGCUUCUCAUCUUAUUCACAAGGUAUCCUAAAGUGCAGGCUCAGGUACAAGAAGAAUUGGAUAGAGUUGUGGGCCGAGAUCGAUUGCCCUCUUUGGAUGAUCAGCCUCAUCUUCCCUACGUCAUGGCUUUUCUGUAUGAAGCCAUGCGCUUCAGUAGCUUUGUGCCUGUCACCAUCCCACAUGCCACCACCAUUGACACUUCAGUCAUGGGUUACCACAUUCCCAAAGAUACAGUGGUAUUUAUCAACCAAUGGUCAGUUAAUCACGACCCAGUGAAAUGGCAGAACCCAGAAGACUUCAAUCCAGCCCGAUUCCUGGACAACAAAGGAUUCAUUGACAAAGAUAUGGCGAAUGGGGUCAUGAUUUUCUCGGUGGGCAAACGCAGGUGCAUUGGGGAAGAGCUGUCCAAAAUACAGCUAUUCCUGUUUAUUGCCAUUUUGGCCCACCAGUGCAAUUUCCUUGCCAAUCCAGAAGAGGACCCAGAAAUGAAUUUUAGUUAUGGGUUAACCAUUAAACCACAAUCAUUCACAAUUAAUGUCACACUGAGGGAAUCUAUGGAACUACUUGAUAAUGCUGUUCAAAGGCUACAAGCCGAAGACAACCAAUGAGUAGCUAGCAGAAAUGUAAUGAACCCAAAGUUGGAAAAACAAAUGAGUCUAAUAGUCUCUGUUAGUCUCUUUCUGCCAUCAACACAUGCUCCUGUGAGCCUUUCAGAUGAGCACCCACCAAUAAGUAUUUCUUAAGUGCCUCAUAGGUGCAGCAGAGUCCUGGGGUAUAUUAUUUUACACCCCAAACCAAGUAGAGUAGUUUGAAGGAAAGAAUGAGCCCAAAAAAGAGCGGUAAAUAUUCUACCAGCUUACUCUUCAUCUUCUAAGCCUUUCAACAUUCAUUAAAAAUUUUUGUUCAGAAAGGCCCUAGUACUUAAAGAUUAUGUUUUAUCUUUAACCAAAUGUAGCACUCAGCGUUGAUUGAGAAAUGAUAUAAUCUAUGAUGUAAAAUCGCUCAUGCAAAAAGUAAAUGGGGGGAAAUUCAGUUUAUAGCAAAUUUUAGUGUUUUAUAAUGAAUUUUGAAAUGUAACCUGUAAUAUUCCAGGCUAGAUACUCGCCUUCUGGUUUCCAAAAUUCAGUAUAUUUACAAAUUUGGUAAAAUUAUGAAUUUGUAGGUUCAACUAAAAUUCAACUGGAUGGUGGACUGUGACUAGUCUAUUAAAGGAUAAAUGAAGUUAGUUCAUUACAAACUACACAAAACAUGCAAUAUGAAUAACUAUUCAUUAUAAAUAAAAAUAGUGUUAGUGAAAAGGAGUUAUUUAGAUAAUGAAAAACCAGAUUAAAGCUAUCUCUUAAUGUAGCAAUAUGUGCACAUAUGCACACACACACAAACACAUAUGCACACACAGACAAAUGGAGUGGCUACCUGGUUGUUUGCUAAGACACACAAAUAUCCAGUUUAAAUGAUCUGCAUUGUUUAAGGUACUACAACUGAAGGAUGACAAUUCUCAUCUAAAACCCUUUUUAGUUUCAAGUUGUGCUCAUUAUUCCCCCAGCCUUUUAUUAUAAUAAUUUUAUGUUCUUUUCCCAAACCGAGUUGAUUAAAAUUAUUUUGUAACUUACUAUCUUUCAACAUUUUUCAUAUUUUAAUGUGACCCUGAAAUCUUUUUUUUUUUCAGGAUCCACAUUUUCAACUGAGGUUAAUGAAAAUUUUGAAUCUUUGGUUGAAGAAGGAUGGGGAAAGUUAGGCUCUUUUAACAUGAUGCCAAACAUGUGGAUGAAUGAUGAAAGUAGUUAGUUUCCUAGAUGGCCUUUGGUAUCUUAUAGACAAAACACUUGGAACUUUGACCCAGAUGUAUUAUUGUCCCUUACAGACAUCCACAUGGAUAUUUCCUGUAUUAAUCUCCUUUCAUAUUUCAAAUUAUAUUUUAAUAACAAUUAUAACACAAAGCACCUUCAGUGGCAGCAUCCACAUACUGAAAUAUAUGGAACUGGAAAAAGGGUGAUCCAAAUUGAAGGAAACUUUGGUUUCUAACUGGUGUCGUGAUAUAAAUGAUAAAUAAUUUUUUAAGAUAGCCAAUUCAAGACACAGUUUUUGUAAAGAGGAGAUAUUCAUAUGUGUAGUUAGCUAAGUAAAAUAUUAGUUUAUUGACUAACCUUAAAAUUGAAAAGCUGAUGAGCAAAAUUAUGAUUUCAUAGUUACUUCCAAAAUUAUAAAACAAUUGCCUAAAAACUAACCAUUUAUUUGAAACAAAACUAAAAAAGAAAUCAUAUGCACUUCUUUGGAAAUCACUGUUGAUAGAAUUACAGACUGUUUUCUGUGUGUUUGAGAGAGGGAAUUGGAAGAAAGAUGAAUAACUCAAAUAUUUUUCCCAUGUAUGUUAAACUACUUUGCUUGAAGCACAUAAAUUCAGAAAAAGAAUGCCCAGAGUGCCAGUUGCAAGUCAGGAUUUGUGAUCUUCAUGAGGACUGUAAGUUUUGGAAAUUUAAUAAUGAAAACUAGUGGUUGUACUUAUUUCAUACAAUUUUUCUUUUAAAAGGUUGUUCAAAAGCCAUUGUUGAGACCAAAUAUAUAUGUGUUCCUUCCUUUACCAUCACUGAGUAAUCUAACCAUACCCAAGUAGGACCAGAGAAUUUGUUCUGUUGCCAAAUUGGACUUUCCAGAAGUGCUUUGGCAGAAUUCAGCAUAUAGAAAUCUGAAUAAGUCAUUGAGACAGCUUGAUUGAAACAUUUGACUAUGCCGUGAUUCACUUCUCUCUCCAUAGGUCCCAAUGUUACCUGAUAAUAAAGCUGUGUUUAUUUAAUAUGAGUAAAAUAGAUACUUCGUAUUAUCUGGUUAAUUUGGUCAGGAUAUUUAGACACACCAGUUAAUGUAAACUACUUAACUGACCACUCUCUUUUCUCUCCUCUCUUUUCUACCACCAAAAAAAAAAUCCACUUUGUGGCCUGAAUUUUUCAGAUUGGUGAUUAAAUUGAUUAGACUAAAUGCAUAAUUACUUCAUCUCAUUUCAUUUUUGAGCUAUAUAGAUUCCAUAUAGAACAUUUGCAAAUCAUCUGUUAAAGCAGAGUAUCUGUUCCAGAUAAUCACUGCAGCUAGAACAUUUUCAUAAAACAAGUGUUUUUUUUUUUAAAUUCUGAGUCUUGGACUUUGUAAGAAGAUUGUCUUAAAAAUAUUCCAAAGGAAGUAUCUCAGGAUUGUUUUGUGGAUUAUAGAAAAGUUUUCAUGCCCCAGAACUUAGCCUUCACCUGUGAAAUUAUUUUACGAAGUUAAUAUUUUUGUGUUAGAUCUUUAUUAGGUCAUUUAAUUAUAUAACAUAUACUUCAUUUGUAUUUUUAUAAUUAUGAGGCUACUGUGUGAGAGCCCCUUGUUAUUUAGCUUCUGUUAUCUUUGGACCUUUUCCAAUAAGCUUUAAAUAUGUAUAUAGUUACCACAGAACAAAGUUGUAGCUGAAAGUGAUGCACAUUCAUUUUUGUGAUAUGCAGCAUGAAUGCAGUACCAAUUUUAUAUAUAUUAUAUAUAUGCAAAUGCAUAUAUGCCCUUGUAAAAUUGUCUCUUUUUAAUUAUGAGAGGAUUUUUUUCUAUCCUCAAGGAUUGAAAAUGCCUGUAAUCAUGGAAUGCUAGUACCAAAACAUUAAAUAAAAGGUGUUUUUUUUAAAAACAA